AUGUUGAGAACGAGCAAAUCUCGAACGGAUGCCAUGGCCCGUUCAGCGUUACAACGACUUACGGAUGUUAUGAUCGCCGAGAGACGGAGUCACGAGCACGAAUGUCGGAGUUGUGUGUUUCGAAACAUGUUUUCUUCCGCAUCCGUCGAAAACUUCGAACAUUGCGGAGUAUUCCUCAAAACGUCACUUCCGAGAAGAAACAACGUCUACGCGGACGUCCAAACGCAUAGAAUAGCCUUGGCAAUCGUCCCAAAUCGUUGUUCUGCAGCGCGACUUUCACCAUCCGAUGACGACCUCUUGCUAGGUGUUGUUCGGGCCUCUGACAGCGGUUAA